AUUCCAGCGGGAAAUAAGAGAGAGAGAGAUGGCGAUUGUGAUGUCGACUGGUUUUCAGAUCUGAGAUGGUUUUUUUUGUUGAUGGUGGGGGAGGGAGAGAUUGUCUCUCACUUCCUGGUUUCAAAUUUUGCGCUCGGGGAUGGAGCGGAAUUCCAUCCUGGACUUGAUUUAAGAUCCGAUUCGUGUGGGUAGGGUUUGGUUUCAAAAGGGGAUAUUCGAUCUCGGUGGGUUCUUAUUCCAUGAUUUCUAUGGAUCUGGAAUUAGAGGUGUUUAUCAAUAUGGAUUCUGGUGUGAUCAAGGUUGGGCAGAUUCAGUCUAUUUUCUGCGAUUUGGGGCUGAUCCGGAUUGCGUCUUCAUUAUGUCGGAUCGGGGUGUGGAUUUCUCUGUGCUGUAAGUAUGGAAAUGUUCACGUUUUAUCGCUGACGAUUAAGGCAACUGGGAUUUUCAGAGUAAUGGUGAUGCGAUCGGAUUUUAUUGGGUAGUGAUUUGCAUAUCCUUUAUUCGAUUUCGUAGCGGUAAUGGGGCAAGUUUUGUAGAGGAGGUAUUUAUGCGGUGGCUUGGGUUCUGUUCAGGAAUCACUUUGCUCAUUAUUUCCCUUGGGUUCUCUUUAGUUCAUCUCAUUUCGUGUAUCAUUCUCUGGUUAUUUUUCUUGGGUGGUGGUCAAAGCUUCUUAUUGUUGCGAGAUAUUGCUCAGUUAGCGUUCACCAAGAGUAAGGCUUCAUUGGUUCGCACCAACACAGUGACAAUCUCCAACUCGGUCUUGGCUCAGAGAAUUCAGCAGUUUUCUAUGAUUCUCAUCGGGAGGUUAACGAAUCCGUCUUGUCAGAGAAUGGAGUCAGUGAUAGCCAACUUCCCAAAGGUUUGGAAACUUGAGGAGAAGGUAGUGGGAGCGGAUCUAGGUCAAUGGGUCUUUCAGUUCAACUUUGAGGAUGAAGAGGAUAUCCUGUCUGUUUUACAGAAUGGUCCAUACCAUUUUGAUGGGUGGAUGGUUUUCUUGGUGAGAUGGGAGCCAAUCAUUUCCUCCUCUUAUCCUUCUGCAAUUAACUUUUGGGUGAAGGUGACUGGGAUUCCAAUGCAUUUGUGGGAGGUGGCAACCCUUGAAGCCAUUGGUAAGAAGAUUGGCAAGAUUCAAGAAGUUGAUGAAGAGUCAGGUAGUCUCUGUGUUUGUGUCAAUGGGUUUAAUCCUUUGAUUACAAAGAUGGUGGUGCCAUUUGCUACUGGUGAUGAAAUUGUGGUUACUCUAUAGUAUGAGAAGUUAGGGGGUGUAUGCGAUCACUGCUCUAGGAUGACUCAUGAUUCGAAAGUGUGCCCUGAGGUUCUUAAGUUGGGUACUGGUCACGGUAGUGAGGAGCUUUCAGAUAAAAGGGGUGGACAAAGGCAGCUUCCUUUGGUGAAGCAAGAGGUGCAUCAUAAAGUUGGGGGUUGGGAGAAGCCUUGGAAGCAUGCUAGGAGAGCUUUAGAUUUCCAGUCUGCGGAAGCUGGUGAGUAUGGAUAUUUCCCACAACUUCGUCAUGGUGAUAGUGGUCUUCAUGGUCCUCGGCAACAGGAGAGGUUUCAUGGUCAGAUUUGGGGUCAACAGAGGAGCUUUGGGGAAACUGCUGCCCGUGAAGAAGGGUCUCGUCGCGGCUUUCAUUCUGGUGGAGGGGAAUCCUCGAGUAAGGCUCCCGGUUUCCAUCUUAAAAGGAAAGGUGCGGGGCUGGCUUGGCCAAAACCUUUAUAUAUGGUGAAGCAGGCUCCUAUGGAGAAGCAUUCCCAGCCGAGUCUUGAGAAUAAUAUGGAGAUCUCCAGAACUGGUGACGCAGUAGCGGUUAGGGACCAGGCGGGAUACUCUCAGAAGGGUGAUGGGGUGGCUGCUAUGGCUAUGGACUUUGUGGUUAAAACAGAUGAUCUGUUGGAGGAUGGUGAGUUUAAUGACAAUGCCAAGGGUGACCUUAAGAUCGUCCAGGAAGAGGGUAAUUUCCAGGAAGAGGGUAUUGAGUUACACACUGGUCAAGGGACUGACUUGCAAACUGAUCAAGAGUCUGAUAUUCCGAGUGAUUCUGAUGGUGGUCAGCAAGGUGAUGGGAACAAACAGAAGACGUUGGGGAAACAGGAACACUUUACAAUGGGCGGUAAACCAUCGGAUGGUGGUCGUCUAGGCAAGAAAGGGAUGGGGGCUCUCCCGAAACCGCCGGUUAGAACGUGAAGAUCCUGAGUUGAAACUGUCAGGGCAUUGGGGCUGAUCUGACAUAAAAUUAUUUGGGUGAUUUGUGGAAGAAAAGUUUUUCUUAUUUACAAAAAUUUCAGAAAAAGUUUGGUUAUAAUAAUUUGUAUACUGUUGAACCCCGCGGGUCUAGCGGUGGCCUUGCUUUAUUUUUUAUA